AUGUCACCCCCCCUCUCCUCAACACAGCAUCGCGAUAGCGGGGCUGCCCGAUUCUUAGGCUCGGGCACUUCAGGCGUCGCUGAAUUGAUGAUUUUCCACCCGGUCGAUACAUUGGCAAAAAGAUUGAUGUCCAACAAAUCGAGUUCACUAAACUUCAACCAAAUCGUGUUCAAGAAUUAUGCAGAGGCUCCGAUCGGAAAGAAAUUUUUGUCGCUAUUUCCUGGUUUAGGAUAUGCAGCUGGAUAUAAAAUCCUCCAAAGGAUAUACAAGUUCGGGGGCCAGCCUUAUUUCAAAGAUUAUCUAAACAAACACCACAAAUCGAAGUUCGUAUCCAUGUUUGGCGAAAAGAAUGGAAAGGCUAUGACUGAAGCCGCAGCAGGAUCUUUAACGGGAAUCGGCGAAAUCGUCCUUUUACCAUUAGAUGUACUUAAGAUUAAGAGACAGACGAAUCCGGAGGCAUUUCGAUCCAGAAGCUUCUUAAAAAUUGUGGCAGACGAAGGAUUUUCAUUAUACCGGGGAUGGGGCUGGACGGCGGCACGUAACGCACCUGGCUCCUUUGCACUUUUUGGCGGGUCAGCUUUCACCAAGGAAUACCUGUUCAAGUUGGAAGAUUAUUCGAAAGCUACUUGGAGUCAAAAUUUUGUGUGUUCGAUUGCCGGGAGUAUAUCAUCCAUCGCCAUUUCGCAGCCAUUGGACGUCAUCAAAACUCGGAUACAGAACCAAAACUUUGAAUCCAAGCAGGGUGGAAUCAUGGUCAUCAAAGACAUCAUGAAGCACGAGGGAUUCGGUGCUUUCUUCAAAGGCUUGACGCCCAAAGUUUUGGUCGUUGGGCCGAAACUGAUUUUUUCCUUCACGUUGGCCCAAAGCUUGAUACCCAUGUUUGGCAAAUACGUUUGA